AUGUAGCAAAGAAAAGUGGAGCAGUCAUUUAAGCGUUAGUAUUAUGAAAUAAUAGACGCCAAAGAUAUGAUCAAGGAGGAAUUGUCAGUAGGUACUGUAAUUUUCAAUAUGAAGUCUACCAUGCAACUAAGAAAUUUCCAAGGAACAAUGCAUGGAGGAUGCAUAUUUGCAUCAAUUGAUUCUUUAGUAUGCACAGCAGUAUAUAGUUUUGAUUAAAGACCAGUCAACGUAAUCAAACAAGAUGUUGAGUAUAUCAAUGCCGUCCCACUCGAAGUUGAACUCUAGGUUAAAGUUCUUGUUAGAAAAAUUAGUAAGAACUUUGCAUUUGUCGAGACUGUGAUUAUUAAUGAUAAUAAAGCCCCUCACAGAAUUCUAUGCAGAGGUAGCACAGUUUUAGAAUUUGAACAAAAGGCCAAAUUGUGA